UCUCGAUUUUAUAAAAGUACGAUGGCUUCUUUGCUGGUUCCACCAGCUUCUGUUCGUGGAAUGAAAAAUUUAGAUCGCGACGCCUUUAAAACAUCAUUCAAAGUUCCCUCAUUACAAUUCCAAGAAGGGAAUAUUUCAAAAAUUAUUCCCAUAGUUAAAAAGUAUUUUCUAAAAUUGAGACAAUUCAAAUCAAUCGCCACUUGUGAUAAAUUAACGACAAUUUAUCUCGAUCCAAAGAAAAUAGACAAUUUCCAAGAUUUCACCGAUGAAGACAGGGAAAUAAUCGAAUCACAAAAUGGAAAAUUUUCCCUAACUGAUUUACAAGUGACUUACGAUAAUUUACGAUUAGAAGAAACAUUGAAGGCAAUUUUCCCCGAAGACAUCGAGGCACCAGGUUCAUUCAGUCAAAUUGGACACAUUGUUCAUUUAAAUCUACGAGAUUGUCAAUUGCCUUAUAAAACAUUAAUUGGUCAAGUGAUUCUCGAUAAGGUACCAAAUUCAAAAACAGUGGUUAAUAAAUUAAACAUCAUUGACACGACAUUUCGACAUUUCUCCAUGGAGAUUUUGGCAGGCGAAGAAAAUACAAUUGUCGAAGUCAAAGAGAAUGGAUGUCGAUAUCAAUUUGAUUUUGCCAAAGUCUAUUGGAAUCCACGAUUGGGAACCGAACACGAGAGAAUUGUUGAAUUUUUAAAACCACAGGACGUGCUCUACGAUGUAUUUGCCGGUGUUGGUCCAUUCUCCGUUCCCGCCGCACGUAAGGGAAUUAAAGUACUCGCCAAUGAUUUAAAUCCAAAUUCCCACAAUUAUCUUGUGAUAAAUUCGAAAAUUAAUAAAACAAAGGACAAUUUGUCGGCAUUUAAUAAAGACGGUAGGGAUUUUCUAAGGAAUGAAGUGAAAAAUGAUAUUUUAAAACGACGAGAAACUGGUGAACCGGGUACUGAACAUAUUGUCAUGAAUCUUCCAGCGAUUGCAGUUGAAUUUUUAGACGUAUUCCAAGAUUUAUUCACUGACGAGGAAAUUAUCGAUGUUUCAACGAAAAAAACAAAAAUUCACGUUUAUUGUUUCGUGAAACCGGAGAAAAACGAGAAGGCCACUGAUAUUGCAAAAUUAUUAGUCGAAGAGAAUAUUAAAACAGAAUUGUGCUCCGAAACUUUGAUUGAAAUUCAUAAUGUUCGUAAUGUAGCGCCAAAUAAAGAAAUGAUGCGAGUCUCAUUCUUUUUAACGCAAAAAAUAUUAAAAGGCGGGGAGCCAGCAAUGAAGAAAGCCAAAUUAAAUGCUGAUUCUUAACUGUUUACU